AUGGCACCUCGCUCUGCCGACAAUCACGAUGCUGCAAUAGAUGCUCACUCACGCUCUGCUCUCGCCACAACAAAACAAAACCUCCGCUAUCUCUACAACCCCAAAACGGCAGGCGCUGGCGCUGUCUCAUCUCGCCGCACUCGCGCACUCCUACGCGUGCUGCGAUCCAGUUUGAUAUUCUUCUUCUGGCGCAUCGUGCGCUAUGCCAAGUAUGUCGCCAUUGGCUCUUUAGUUGCUACAAUAGGAGCAGGUGCAAUCGGCACUUUUGUCAGUGGCGCGGGCUUCGUGCUUGCACCAACAGGCAUUGCGGGCACAAUCAUCGCCAGUUCAGUUUGGGGGGUUGGCCGUUUCGCUAUAAGGAGGGUGAGGGGGAGAUGGGAAAGAGGACACGGAUAUGGUGACGCGGAGGAGAAGGCAGAAGCCAGGAGGAGUAGGGUUGCACAGAUGGAGCGCGGGCCCGAGGCGCUGCCGUGGUGA